AUGGCUGAUAGUGUUACUGGAGCAUAUCCACAAUCAACAUCACCUGGAAAUCCAGAUCAACAAUAUGUUCAACAUCAAUAUGCUUAUCAAGCACAAGCAUCAAGUCCAGGUGGUCAUCAAUAUUAUAGUGCAGGAGGUGGUGUUGAUCAACAGCAAGUAGGACAAGAAGGUGGUGAUCAACAAGGAGGUAUUCAUCAGGGUCAAGAAGUAAAUUAUGCACAAUAUACACGUAGUGGAGCUGAGCUUGCUGGUGAUCAACAAAAUAGUAGUGCUAGUUUUGUUGAACAAAGUAAUGCUGGUAUUGUUCAACAGUAUGCAGGUGCUGCUGGACAACUUGCACAACAACAAGGCCAGAAUGGCUACAAGAUUAAUUUUGAUCCUAACCCACAAAUUAUUCGUAAACAUGCUAAUGAUGCUGUUACAUAUAAACAAGAAGUGGCUGUACGAUAUUUACGACCACCAACACCACCACCACCUGGUCCUUUGAUUAUUAAAGAGGUUCGAAAUCCCGCUUUACCUCCUGCUCCACCUAUCGUCAUUCGACAACGACCACCUCGACCAGCUACACCACCUCCACUUAUCAUUCGAGAACGUCCACCACAACCACCUGCUCAACUUGCUCCUAAAUUGAUUACGAAACCUUUACCACCUCCUCCACCACCACCCCGACGUGUCAUCAUUGAACGAAUGCCACCAUUACCACCAAAACCUCAAAGUAUUAUUGUUGAACGUUGGCUUCCAUAUAAACAACAAAAACGACGUGUUAUCUAUCAAAAAGCACCACCAAUUCAACCACCAGCACCACAAAAAAAUCUUAUUAUUCAAUGGGAAGGUACACAAGCUCGUGUUGUCAAAGAAUUCCGUAAUUUGGGUAUUAUCAAAGCGGAUCCAACUACAUAUGUACAACAAUAUGGUGCACAAUUACGACCUACACAAGGUUUACCUGAUUUUGUUAAAGGUUUACCCACUCCUAAUCUUGGUCCUGAAUAUACAGCAGGUGCUAAUCCUGAUCAUGUCGAUCCGGCAUUAUUAGCUGGUGCUGCUGGUCCAAUAGGUGGUUAUGAAGCUGUUGGUGAACAAGGUCUUCUUUCUAGUGCAUCCAAUGGUUCAUUGUCUGGUGGUGGACAAGGUGGUUUUAUGCAAGAAAAUGUUCAAUAUGCACCAUAUGGUAAUGGAGCUGCAAAUGGUGCUGGUCAAGUUUCUGGUGAUCAACAAGGUGGAUAUAUUUAUCAACAAAGUGCAUAUUCAAAUGGUAGUACUGUUGAAGGUCAACAAUAUGCUGAACAACAACAAGGUUUUGAUCAACAAGGUCAACAAGGUAAUGGUUUUGUACAAAACGUACAAUAUCAAACAUUACCUCAGUAUGGUGUCAGUGGUUAA